UGCGGCCGGGGGGCGGCUCCGGGGGGCGGUGGCUCCGCGGGGCGGGCGGCCGUAGCGACCUAUCGUCACGCAAGAGCCAUGGCUGCCCUGCGCGCCCUGCAGCCUAGCGUCCGCGUCCUGCUGUGCACUUGGCCCGGCUGCCCCGCGCCGCGCUCCUUCGCCUCCAGCGCAGCCUCUGAAUACAUCAUCACAGCCAAGAAGGGGAAGAACAGCAACGUGGGGUUGGUCCAGCUGAACCGCCCCAAGGCACUCAAUGCGCUCUGCGAUGGCCUGAUCAUGGAGCUCAACCAGGCACUGCAGGCCUUCGAGGAGGACCCGGCUGUGGGGGCCAUCGUCCUCACGGGCGGGGAGAAGGCGUUUGCAGCUGGAGCCGACAUCAAGGAAAUGCAGAAUCUAACGUUCCAGGACUGCUACUCCAGCAAGUUCUUGAGCCACUGGGACCGACUCUCUCGGGUCAAGAAGCCGGUCAUAGCUGCUGUCAAUGGCUACGCCCUUGGUGGUGGCUGUGAACUUGCUAUGAUGUGUGACAUCAUUUAUGCUGGAGAGAAAGCCCAGUUUGGGCAGCCAGAGAUCCUAAUAGGAACCAUCCCAGGUGCAGGGGGCACCCAGAGACUGACCCGUGCCGUCGGAAAGUCACUGGCCAUGGAGAUGGUCCUCACUGGUGACCGGAUCUCAGCCCAGGAUGCCAAGCAAGCAGGUCUUGUAAGCAAAAUUUUUCCUGUUGAGACACUGGUGGAAGAAGCCAUAAAGUGUGCAGAAAAGAUUGCCAGCAACUCUAAAAUUGUAGCAGCGAUGGCCAAAGAGUCAGUGAACGCAGCUUUUGAAAUGACAUUAACAGAGGGCAUUAAGUUGGAGAAGAAACUCUUCUAUUCAACUUUUGCUACCGAAGACCGGAAGGAAGGGAUGUCCGCGUUUGUGGAGAAGAGAAAGGCCAGCUUCAAGGACCAGUAGGAGCUGGCUGCCUGUGCCUCAGCUCCUCAAGUUAAAGAGGAAAAACGGCCUGUCAGCUUCAGAACAAAUAAAUCCUCUUUCAAACGC